GUUGAUGCGUUAGACAUGGAAGACGACAACAAUAAUGGCGGUGCCACCACGAGGAGGUCCAAACACCGUAAGAGGAAGGAGUACAAGCUCGACGACGAUGGCCAUGUGGCGGCGCGAGAGAAGCUCGCCAAGAGAAUCCUCUUGUCGCUCGCAAAGCCUUCUUACGUCCUCGGACUCGCACCCAAACCUCUGAGGUCGGAACACCGUACGAGGUUGCGCUACCUGCUGCAGAGGCUCGUGAAACAGCACAACUGGGUCGAAGCCAGUGGUGUUCUCAGUGCUUACUUGAAGGGAACCGUUAACGACACCUCUCCCUUCAGGAACCGUCUUAAGUUUUCGGUUUUACUGGAGCUUCUUAAGCAUGUGGAAAGCCAUUCUAUUAAUCCAUCAAGGAUCAAGAAUAUAUAUGAUAUUUGGUCGAAGAAGAUUGGAUCAAUGAAGAGUUGGCCGGUGGAGAGCAGAUAUGCAGUUCAGUUGGAGUUCAUGUUAUUCUGUCUUAUGCAAGGCAAUACUGGGGAUGCAUAUCAGCUUGCUCUAUGCCUGGAGCAAGAAAAAGUUGAUAUUGAUCCUGUGUCGAAGAUAAUGAUGGGUUUGACAUUCUAUGAGAUGUGGUAUUCUUCCAUCCCCAAAGAAUUCCAGUGGAGAGAUUCAGACCAGUAUGACAUGCAAGAGAACUCACAUAUGGAGGGAGCCUCAUAUAGCAACGAAGUUAGACACUCAGUGUGGCAUAAUACAGUUGAAUCCCACAUGGAAGACUCCCAAUAUCAAUGUGAUUCUGAUUCCUCUGUCAUGAAUGAUAAGCAGAUACCAAGGGAUGUUGGCUUCAACGAAGACAUGGGAGUUUCUAUGGAGGUUGAUGUUAACAAUGAAAGAGAAAAACAAUGUCAGAACUUUCAGCCGGAGGGUUUUUACUUGAAUUCUGAUGAGCAAAAAGAAAUUGGAGACAAUGGAGUUCUUACACAUGAUACCUUGUAUGCUCUUGGGAGACUUGAUUUGUGGCUGUUGCCCUUGCGUUUUUCGGAUGAGAACAGUUUUGAGGAGUUCAUGGACAUGCACAGAAAUCAGCAUACUGAUUAUUAUAAAAAUGCAGUGAAAUAUUUACAACAAGCUCUCAACUCAACACCCUCAGGAUCAGUGGCAUUACUUCCAUUGAUACAGCUGUUGCUGAUUGGAGGUCAAGUUGAUGAGGCUCUAAAUAUCCUUGAGAAGCAAUGCUGUAGUUCAGCCUCUGUACUCCCUAUUAGAUUAAGGGCUGCUCUCUUGGAGCGUUUUGAUCGAAACAAAUCUCUCUUUCUUCUUAGCUGUUAUGAAGAUAUAUUAAAGAAGGAUCCAACAUGUUGUGGUUCCUUAACAAAACUUAUCAGGAUGCAUGAAAAUGGAGACUAUAGUCUUGAAUCUCUUCUGGAAAUGAUUGCUUCACAUUUAGAUGCUACAGAUGCAGAGUACAAUACAUGGAGGGUGUUCUCUUCAUGUUUCUUUAGACUAUCUCACUAUGAAGAGGACUGCAUGUCUGCAUGCCCCGGUAAACAUGAAGAUGGACAUAGGCAACAUUGUUCCUUCAGCAAAACCCCAACAAUGUUUACAAAAAUAUCAGGAAAGUCUUGGAGGCUUCGCUGUAGGUGGUGGUUAACAAGACAUUUCAGCAAUAGCAAGCUUGAAUCAGAGAUUGAAGCUGGUGAUUUGCAGCUACUCGCAUACAAAGCAGCAUGUGCAUCCUAUAUGUAUGGACAGGAAUUCAGCUAUGUUGCGAAGGCUUAUUCUCAUUUAGAAAAAGAAAAUGAUAAGGACUUGCUGUUGUUUUUGGAUGAACACAAAAAAAAAUCAUUUGGAUUUUAUAAGAAGUUUCAAAAGAAAGCUAUAUAUAUAACAUAAUAAUAUGAUAUAUUUAUGGGUUUUAUUAAUCUCAGGUUAAGGGAGAUAAGUUAUCUCAUGUCAUAGAGAUAAAUUUGUGGACUCCACCAUCUGAAAAAUAAAAAGAAAAGAAAAGAAAAAGGUGACAUAGUUAUCGAAGAGUGUG